AUGCUCCCAUACUUCCUAUUGGCGGGUCUACUAACAACGGUCAAAGCUGAUUACGCCUCCGAAGCAGCCGAUUCUGACUCAUGCGCUCCUUCUACUCCUGAGUCAUAUAGUUUGGGAUUACAUGUAGCUUCGGUUUUUGUGAUACUGGUGGGAUCCGGUAUAGGAGUCUUCCUGCCUGUUCUGAUGGGUCCUACUUCGGAUGGCACUCAAAAUGUGUUUUUCCGAAGAACGUUCUUCGUCCUCAAGUAUUUUGGUACUGGUAUCAUCAUCAGUCUGGCGUUCUGUCACUUGCUCCAAGACUCCUUUGAGACCUUUUCAAACGAAUGUAUCGGUGAAUUGGCCUAUGAACCUACCGCACCUGCCAUAGCGAUGGCUUCUAUGCUUGUGAUCUGGCUGGUAGAUUAUUUCGGUGCUAGAUGGGCCGCCCUCAAGAAUCCCCCCUCAGACUGUCAACCAGCAGAGACCGUUGCGGAAGCCCCAACGGCUGAAGUCACACCGACCAGCGAUUCCAAACCCAUGUUCCAGGAUCUAUGUUGCGAAAGCGGCUGUCGGCCUCUCCUGGAGCUCGAUCCAGCCUCCAGAAGGGCACACUGGGACGUGCAGUUGCUGGAGGGAGGAAUCGUAUUCCAUUCCAUAAUGAUUGGAGUAGCUCUAGGUGCUCAGACAGAUGGGUUCGAGGUUACUUUCGCAGCCCUGGUAUUCCAUCAACUUUUCGAAGGAUUGGGUUUAGGCGCGAGAAUAGGCGCUCUAGUUUGGGUGGACACUAAGGGUGGUGUAGCAUGGAAGAAAUGGUUGAUGUGUAUGGCCUACACUGUCAUAACACCCAUUGGAAUCGCUAUCGGCAUUGGAGUUCACCAAUCUUUCAACGAAAAUGGCAGAGCUGAACUGUUAGCUAUCGGAGUCUUGAACUCCAUCUCUGCUGGUAUCUUACUUUACAGCGGUCUGUGUCAGUUGCUUUACGCUGAAUGGGUAGUGGGAGAUAUGAGGGAUACUUCCAACGCUAGAGUCGCAUCUGCUCUCACGGCUUUGGGCCUGGGUCUCUUCGCAAUGGCUCUGAUCGGCAAAUGGACUUGA